AUGGACUUUCAGAACGCCCAACAUCUGGUGGCCGCUGCCCAGAAGGUGCGCGCGGAAUACCUCCAAAGCGCCCACACCACCGCCAUCUCCGUCCAGCAAAAGGCCACCUGCCGCAACGAUCCCGUCAACGGCCCCCUCUGGGUCAGUAAAUUCUCCCUCCCCAGUCCAAUUGACGAUAACUCGCGCGAGCUUCUCCUACAGCUGAUAGACGAGGCAAACGAGCACCAGGUGCGCUACGAGCAUUCGGCGUCGGUUCCGCUGGACUUUGAAUGGGUGGGAUACCGCAGCAAUGUCCAGAAGGACACCCCGGAGCCCGCAAUUGAGGAACAGGAGAAGUUUGAGAAGUUGAUGGCGGAGACCAAGAGCCCCUUGACUAUACUUUACCUCUACGGGGGCUCCUUUGUGUUUGUGCUUCCAUUAUUAAACUCCCCCUCUAGCUAUCGCAAACAUGCCGCCUCAUUGGCGCAAGCCACAGGAGCCAAGGUCCUGCUCGUGCGACAGCGACUGGCUCCUCAGAAUCCCUUUCCAGCUGCCCUCCUAGACGCCUUCCAAGCCUAUCUAGCCUUGCUAAGCCCCCCUGGGGGCAGUCCACACAAAGCUGUGCCGGCCUCUUCGAUUGUGGUCGCCGGUGAUAGCUCCGGCGCCUGUCUAGCCCUAGGACUCCUCCAGGUCCUGCUCCGAUUGCAGCGUCGGGAUGCCACAAUCACUUUCCAUGGAGCGAAACAGGCGCCCGUCGUGCCGGCCGGGAUGUCCCUCCUCAGUCCUGUGGCUGACCUCACCAAUGCCUUCCCAUCGUUCGAACACAAUGCUUACUGUGACAUCUUCCCCGUCCCGAUCGAGAAGCUGCCCUACCUGGAAAAGACGUUCCCGACCUGUCCGGCUUGGCCUACGCGUCCACCGCGUGCCAACCUCUACUGCGAGGCAGGUAUGCUCGCGCAUCCGCUCGCAAGCCCUGCGGCUGCCGACGACUGGACCGGCGCCUGUCCCCUUUGGCUGGGGUCGGGUCAGGAGCAGAUCGUCGACGCGUCACGACUGGUGGCCCGGGAGGUGCAUCGCGCAGGCGGGUCUAUCACCCUUCGUGAGUACGAGAACAUGCCCCACACUUUCUUCUUCGUGUUCCGGAUGGCGCCGCAGACAAAGCAGAUCCUGGCGGAAUGGGCUCAGUCGAUCGUGCGAUUUGAGCGGGGGGAGCGACCGGCCUCGAGUGCUCAGUUCAUCCGGGCGCGGGGUCUGACGGCGGAACCGCUGGUGGUGGAGGAUCUGGUGCCGUUCACGGUGCAACAGGCGCAGCAGUGGAUAUGGACCAAGACCCAUGGCUAUAAAGUGCCGGCCUUCCACCAAGAGGGCCGAUCCAGCUUGGCCGUAAGCCCAGUCACCCCCUCAGGAACUGGAUUAACUGUACUGUGGGCAAACCUGAUAACAGGACACACCAUGGAUGCCCUCCUGUUACUAUCCCUGGUUCUGGUGGCCCUAAUCUCCCUCCUAGCCUACCGGGUCUAUUUCCACCCUCUGGCGCAUAUCCCCGGCCCUCCGUUGGCCAAGGUGAGCUAUCUCUAUGAGUGGUACUAUGACCUUUACCAGAGUGGUCAGUUCACCUUCCAACUGAAGGAUCUGCAUAGAAAAUAUGGCCCAGUCAUUCGCAUUAACCCCGACGAGGUUCAUAUCGAUGAUCCCGAUUUCUUCGACCAGGUCUUCAACCAGACUAAUGGCCGUGCUGAGAAGCCCUUGCGCGUCGCGGAGGCCUUUGGGCCAUAUCCAGCCACUAUUGGGACCCAGUCGCAUGACCUGCAUCGCCUGCGACGCAGCGCUCUGAACCCAUUCUUUCCCAAGAAAUCUGUCAACGACCUCGUUCCAGUAAUGAGGCGGCCCAUUAAAAUUCUACGCGAGCGCCUGCAACAAGCUGCGCAGACCGGCGAAAUGUUGAAUAUGAAAUAUAUAUACGCCGCCGUCACCCUAGAUAUCAUCAAUGCCUACUGCUUUGCCCAUGAGCCGCACAAUGUGGGCCAGCCAGAUUUCGGCCGCAAGGGGUUUGACGACGUAGACAGCUUCUUGGAGGUGAGCCUGCUGAAUAUCCAUAUUCCGUGGGCCAUGCGCUUCACCUAUUCAUUACCGGAUCGCGUGAAUAAGAUCCUAGCUCCUGCCAUGGCAGAUAUUCUAGAUUUCCGUCGGGACUUGUCUCGGCAGGUGGAGGCUAUUCGAAAUGGGGAGGAUAUGACCUAUAAGAAUGCCAGUCAUCGCACUGUCUUCCAUGAGCUGCUAAAUAGUAAACUCCCCCCAGCAGAGCUGCGGCGGGAUCGGCUGCGUGAUGAAGCAUUUAGCUUGGUGACAGCAGGCUCUGGGACAACAUCCUAUGUGUUGCGAGGCACGGCAUAUCAUAUUGCCGCCAACCCGUCUGUGCGACAGCGACUGCAUGACGAACUCGUGGCCAACAUCCCCGAUCCUCAGCAGUUUCCCACACUGACCACACUUGAGCAGCUCCCCUACCUAACGGCCGUGAUACAGGAGGGGCUACGUCUGUGUGAUCCGGUCACCCACCGGAUCAGCCGCCAAUUUCCUGACCACCCGCUUCAGUGCCGCGGAAUCUUCAUCCCUGCCAACAUGACCGUGGGGAUGACUGCCAUGCUUGCCCAUCCCAACGAGACCAUUUUCCCCGAACCUCGUGUUUUCCGGCCCGAGCGGUGGUUGGGACCCGACGGCAAGCAACUGGAACGCUACUUGGUGCCCUUCAAUCGGGGUCCGCGCUCGUGUCUGGGCAUGAAUCUGGCCCGUGCAGAGCUCGUUUUGAUUCUCGCAACAGUCUUCCGUCAGUUUGACUUUGAUGUUUCCGCCGUCCGACGGGAGCGCGACAUCGACGUGAGUCGUGAUUAUAUUCUGGGGGCGCAGGCGCGCGACACACCGGGAAUCCUGGUCACGGUGAGGGAGGGUUAG